CUACCUACCUAGUAUAUACCUCGCAGCUUAUAUACUACAGUACCGGUACUACGCGACUCUAUAAUACAAGUGCAAGAUCACCGUGUACCAUAGGAACCUAAAGCGAGUACACUAUAGCCAGGGAUAUUACGGCAGUGUUGCUUGCCUUAUACUUCUACCUACGUAGCGCGGCUCCGUGUACCGAGACAACUUUGUCUUCGGCGAGGAGCAAGCCGUUCGCACUCUUGCGCCCGCCGGACUACAAUACGGAUCGUCGCAGUGCGUGUGCGCCUUGCCAAUCAACGUGUACAGAUAAAUGUCAUCCCGGGUAAGCGCGAGGUCCAACGCGCGUGAAGAGGCAGAAGCCGCAGCCGCGGAUACCACCGGUAGUCGUCGACAGCGGACUAUCCCACUCCUGCGGAACCUAACCUAGACUGUGCCUAAGAGUCCUACCUGGACGGGACCUCGGUAGAAGAGCCCAAGGUGGUAUCCAGAACGUGUGGUGCGCGCCGAACUCCUGCGCCGGCACUUCCUGGCAGCCACUGGAUAACCCACCUUCAAAACGUCAACGUCGACCUCCGACGGAAACUCCUGCGCUGCUGUGAAACUUCGAUACCGGAAGGGACUUUACUCUCGGCUCUCAAUAACUUAACGAACCGGGAUCAUCCGUUGCUACCGUGACAUCCGGCAGUGAGAGUGUUGCCGUUCCAUGGCUGGCCGCGAGCAAGACCAGCCAAUGUCUCUAACAUCUGGUAGCGCGCUACGUUACUCCGUGCGCGAGUACGAGGCUGUCGCCUAGUGAAUUUCACUGACUUAAUGUGUGCCGUGUGUCCGCGAUGAGUUUACCACGAGGAUUCGACUGCUGAAUCGUCUUUUCGUUAUCGUCCAUUGGAUAUUUGACAUGUCAGCCGACUACUAGGCCGGACGUAUGGGUGCAUAGUGCUGGACACUGACGCGAUAUUCAUUCAAGGAUCACCACGAAGGAUAACACUCGUUCAGAUUUCUACGUGACUACGUUAUCCACGACUACGGAAAUUCAGCCAAUUAUCCUUCUCUGUUAUCCUCGGGCUUUAUCUUCGUAUUUCACUAAGACUUCCGGGACAAGGAUGCGGUGGUCAGACGGGCGGAGGGAUACGAGUUUCUGAAGAAGUACAAGAAGAAGACCGCCUUGGAACCGCGAGUGAUCCUUUGGAAGGAUCCUGCCAAGGUCCGAUCACCGGGUGGAUAACCUGCGCAGGUAGCAGGAUCCAGCGAGGAAGACACUCUUCAGCAGGAUGGACAUCACGGAAGCAUUUGCACCAGGUGGUCCCAAUGAGGAGCUCGCAAAGACUGAUUUCUUCGAUUUCGUCGUGUCGCCGCCGCCGCACUGUCCAUCAGCUGACGGGGUCUCCGACGAGGAAGGCUUCCUUCACAGAGGAUCCUGCAGGAGCAUCGGAGUUAGUUUUCUGCAGGAUCCUCGUCACGAGGAUCAUGAAACGCGGAAUCUUCACUCUUCCUUCAUAAAGGAAACAAAUAAUAACACACUCACCGCUCUGCCACCUGUUUCCACUAUAACCGGCUCGUUAUCUCAUCAUCAUCAUCGCAAUCACAUCUGUAAUGUUCAGAACACCGACGUCACCAUGGACCAGUCUGAUUGCGACUACUGGGGGGACGAUAACAAGGAGCAGACCUGCAACAUACUCCUGGAGGAUCUUAACAAGUACUGCUGGUCAGCGCACACAAAUACCCAGAGUCAUCCUCAUGGGGAUCCUGUCGUACAAAAUGAUCCCGUGUCGCGAGGAUGCACCGUUAACGAUAGACAAAAUACAGAUGGAGCUAUUUACACUCUUACCGUAUUGAACAACGAAGCGAACUCGAUGGACGCCCUGGACUGCUGUAAGAGUCCAGCAGCACCGUCGACAGACUCCUGGACUCUAAGACCGAACCUGGACCUGGACGCGAUACUGAACCUGGAGCCCACGGGCGAACACGACCACGACCAGAGUGCAGAAAGUUCCAGAACGGAAAGGUUUCACGCGAUGCCGGUACCAUCGUCCCAGUACUCAACCGAGGACAGUGGCUUCGUCGAGAGCAAAGAAAUCUGUGGGAGAGCAUCGUCGGCUACUACCGGGGACAACAACAACGACUGGAAGCUCUCCGAUCAGAAUCAUCUGCAGGAAGCCCCGGGUGCGGCUGGUGACUCUGCCGAGAGUCUGCUUCGAAGUGCUCUCCAGGGUAAACUUUACUCUGGACCUAGCCAGGUCGUGUCGUCAUCCUCCUCCCAGGCCCCAACCAUGUCAAUGCAGAGUACUAACUCUAAUCCCAACACCUUACAAAUGAUGGAUCAUCAGCAAGACGAGUCCAUACAUCCCUGCACCGAUGAGGAUCUUCUACUGUCCCAACUGGACGCGACGACCUAUCGCCCUGGCGAUUAUGAGAAAUUAAAGAGUAUCGCAAACGAGGUGGUGGAAUCGUACUGUAAUCUUGAGCCCGUUUGCAACGUCUCGGCCACCACGACGGUUAUGUACACCCUGGACCCGGCAAGUGGAAGCCUGGGUACGAUCACCCUACCCGCGGAUCUCAGUCAGGUUAGUGCAGUGACAGUCGUGACCGCGGCGCAGCAGGAAGUCAUGCAGCAAAGUGCACCGCGUGCAGAGGCUGAGCAGCCGUCGAGUCAGAUGCAGAUUUCGACGGGGAGGGUAUCGGCGACAACCGGGACGUCAAAACCGCCUAAGAAGUAUUGUCGCAGGGCGAACAGAAAUGGAAACAACUCCAGCGGCGGUAACAGCAGUUCCAGUGGUGGCGGCGGUGGCGCUGGCGGCGGCAGCGGCGGGCAACAGCAAUCGGGAAGCGGAGGCGGCUCGCCGGGCAGCGUUCAGCGCAAGGAGAGAUCUCUCCAUUACUGCAGCAUCUGCAGCAAGGGUUUCAAGGACAAGUACAGCGUGAACGUUCACAUAAGAACUCACACGGGCGAGAAACCGUUCGCAUGCUCGUUGUGCGGUAAGAGUUUUCGGCAGAAGGCUCACCUGGCGAAGCAUUACCAGACCCACGUGGCGCAGAAGCCCAACGUCGCCAACGCGAGUAGCUCCUCGAGUAACGGUAACGCGAGUGGCGCCACCAGUUCGAAUCCCUCGACGGAUUCGUCGGGUACCAGAAAUCAGACUCACGUAAAUCUGGAUCCAAGCUGCAAUCCCUCUAGUUAGUUUUGCCAGACUCUUACCGUGUCAACGAUACUUCUUCUUCUUCCUGCUCUCUUACGUAAGCCUGACCUUAAGCUCCGUACGCUUUAGCACGUUAAGAGGUUAGGUGAGCGCCAUCCGUGUGAUAACCAGACUCUCUCGAAGAUGGUCUCGUCGAAUUAGGCCUAGCAUAAGGAGAUCCAAGAAUUCGGGACAUUUUUAUUAACAAUAAUUACGGUAUUUAUACAAGGUCCAAGUGGAGCUUUACCUUGACCUCACUCAGACGAUACAUCUGAAAGCUGCAGCUUCUUCCGGUCUUCUCCAAGGAGCGUGCCAGAGGUUUGCGGCUUCACUCCACGUACUGUAUCGAACCUGGCAGAUCUUUUGCAUCCGCUGUCGACUCUACGGAUCCUCCGACCAACCUCCGACCUUAACCUUAAGACAUUGAUCUCGAUGUCAGUGACGCUCGUAGCUGCACGACUUGGACAACUGUACGAACGGGGUCAGAUCCACGGAUCGGGAUUCACGUCGAAGAAGAUCCGGAGAAGCUCGAAAGGGCCAAAGUCCUCUGGGAACGCGAGAAUACAUAAUUUAAUUAUAGCAAAGAAAGAGAGUGACUGAAUGAGAGGGAGAGAGAGAGAGAGAUCGUUUUAAUCGAAUUUAUCAAAAUACAUAUGCUGUAUGAUACUUAAUUUAUUUGGAUAGGGAGAUGAGCUCUGCCCUUCUAACGAAGGUGAUAGUGUAUGUACCUAUAUACUAUGCAUUUAUACAAGUAUAUAUAUACAUACAUAUAUUAUUAUGUAUAUAGAUAUAUAUAGGUAUACGCGUAUGUGUAUAUACAUAUAUAUACGUAUCGAAAAGAUUUGCCGAGAAACGUCGGGCGUUUUUCGGUCAGCUUUCUAAUGUUAUAGAUUAUCGGCUGAUAGGCAGACUCCUACGUGAAUGACGUUAUGAAAUUUUGUUCCUAAGACGGUCCAUUUGUCACGACGACGAGGACAACGACGAUUAUAAUUACUGUGACGAGGUUUAACGACGAUUGACGAUUAAACGGACGAUAACGAUAACGACGAUGAUGAUAUUGAGUACCAUGGCAAUAAUUAUAAUGACAAUGAUAUAUAUAUAUAUAUAUAUAAUUAUUAAUACGAGAUAAUAAUGAUAUAUAGAAUUUAACGGAUAAUCUAUCUAAUUAAGUAAAGGAUAAUUGUGCGAAUAUUUUUAGAAGUUAUUAGUAGCAUGAGCUGUGAUUUAGAUACAUACUCAAUGAGUGAUUAGAGGAGUGCGUAGAUAUGCAAUGAAUUUUACGUAGCGGUAGCCUUACGUCACGUGCUGAAUCACUUAAUUAUACAUUGAGUGUCUUUUUAUAUAUAUAUGUAUAUGUACACCGAAUUACGUUCAGCUCGGAUCGUCGCACGUUGUCUUUCGAAAAAUUGACGGAUUCGCGUGAAGAACGGUGUUGAGUACUUGGGUGGAUUAAAAAAAAAAAUCGAAAUCGAUCAGACAGUAAAAUCGCGUGCCCGAAAGUAAGUUAUUAUAUAUUGAGUUAUCGGCUGAUGGAAACAGUACGAUUCCUUGUCAUGAGAUUAUCAACGUCACCGAGAUUAAACUGCCCCGACUACGAUAUAGCGCCAUUUUCAGAAUUUCACGUCCCUCCAGCUGCUCCGUUACGUCUUUUCAUUUUUUUCCUCCCUAGUAAAUUUUUUCUUUAUUGCUUUUGUACAUUCAUUAUCUUCGCGACCUCCUCUAGCGCCACUCGCGGCCAAUUCUUGCGGCUGGAUUUGCUGUGCGAUUGAAAACAGCUGUGUCGGAACUGUAUCUAAUUUUUCGAAGACUUUUCAGUCAGUUUACUUUACCAGCGUUAUCGUGAAACCAUAUCGAACUGAUUUUGAGCGAGGUGGGCAUUGCGGGGGUAAUUUUUAAAAAUAUUUUUAAUACGUACCUCGAAUGGGACUUUUUAUUAGAUUCUGCGGCAAUUUUCAUGCGAAUGGUAUAUAACUAUCGAACCUUGCACACAUCCACGUGGGAAUCGUGCUCGCGUGCAAUGCCCGCUUUAAGGGCAUGACCUCGAGAGCGUUGCAUGAUUUCUUGAAGACGGGGUCAAUCGGCAGAAGUCGUGCGGAUCUGAAAUUUUCUCUCGCUCUCGAUUCUCUGCCUCUGGUGUCUCGAGAGCAUUACGCAAGCCAGACACAAAGAAUCGCAGUGGUAUAAUUUCGAAGAGAUAGAAAAAAAAAUCGUGAUAAUAAAAAAAUAUCGUGAAAAUUAAUCAGACAUAAAAAUUACCAGAUAUCCGAUAAAGUUCGGCGAUGCCCACCGUAACGAUAAUUAAAAUUGAAGAUCGGUAUAUUUUUGAGGGGCCAAUCACUUACGGGUUACGACGUAACAGAGUCCCUUGAAUGGUGGCAGUCGCGUCGACCUAAAUUACAAGAUGCAGAAUCUAGUACAGGCGACCGAAAAUACAUAGAGAAAUAUAAAGAAAAAAAAGAAAAGGCAGAAGAUACCAUCGCAAGAAUAACCGAAAGCGUAUCGAAUUCGUUCAAACAGUAACAAAAGCGCCAGCAUAGAUACGUAUGGCCAUCUUGCCAAUAUACAUAUGUUAUCCCAUCCGUCCAUUAAUCCAUACCUAACUUAACUGAAUAUGCCCAAGAGACAAGUACACGUGUAUACUACAGUAACAAAGCACUUGACAAAUACAUAGACUCACACGAAGAUAAAAUCACAAAAAUUUCAGAGAAGAAUAAAAAAAUAAUGUGCGCUGCAAAUGUACCACAGUCAAAUACCAAAAUGAAUUGAUUGGCCAAAAAGAAAAAUUAGCACUACAAAAAAAACAUAUAAAACUCGAUACAAAUUUAUUCACACUUUUUUCCGAGGGGCCAAAAUCUAACGGGAUUCCCCACAAGACAGUCCCCUCGAUAAGCCUCAAAUAAUUAUCUUGAAUCGACUAUACAUCUCCCAGCAUCUAAUGGAUCGUCACCUUAUACGUAAUGGGGAUACCCAUAGUACAUCAGAAUUAUCCUGCUUUCUCCAAUUUCAAAUAAGAUUAUCUUACCCGUUUGCUCUCUCAUAUAUCUAUACAAUUAUUAUAGGCAUAUAAAACCAAUACUCUGACGACAAGUCGAGAUACCCUUGAGGUAGUCGGAAGUCGCGAACCUGCAGUGUCUAAUUCCACGUCACGGUUCGGCGAUCCGUUCGUCAAUUUCGGAUUCGCCUUUUCGCCGAGGCUAGUCAAUCGAAGCGAAUCGAAGUGACUAAACCGUAGCAAGAUGGCGACGUAUACACGUUAUCCAUGCUAAUAUAUUGUUCCUUGUCGUGUGCAAACCUAGCCUAUUAACCUUCUAAAGGUAAAGCUAGGUGUGGCGCACCCCCAUAGAGCAAACUCAUUCGCGUCUGCUAGUCGCAUCUGAUAUACGUAAAUCAGAGUGGAAUUUGAAGGAAAAAAAAGAAAAAAAAAUGUACAAACCCUCGUUUCCCGGGAGUUCACAAAUAUUCCAUGAGAUUUGACUGUGACUGGUAUUAUCGGUAAAACUGAAAAAUUUUUUUUUUUCUUCUCUCUUUACAAUACUCAAUUUUACGUCGGACCUAAUCAAUUACUCAGCCACUCACUGUCCCUCUCUGUCUUCCCCUCUAACUCCUCGCACUUUCUCUUUGUACUGUAUAUAUAUAUAUUUUUUUUACCGUUUACAUACUCAACGUACUCCCUCCUUAUACUCUUCUUCUUUGAUAUUUUUUGUUUCCUUUUCGUUGCGUCUUCAUGCUACUUUCUAGUUUGUACGUCGUUAAAAUUAAUAUUACAGAUUAAACGAGUGUAUGUUGUUAACGCGAGGAAGAAUACAUUCCCAAGUUACCAUGGUAACGAAAUAACAUACGCGCGGCGCCUACUAUGCGCACACGUGCGCACAACGAUGCACGUGUGCGCAUAUUAAAGAAAAACCCACGUAUGAUAGAUAUUUCCCACAAGAUAAUACUCAGAGGCCAACGAGGAGCCAGAAUGAAAUGAAGCCAACAGCAAACUAUAUAAAAUAUAGUAAAUAAAUAAAUGAAUAAAGUUAAUGAAAUAAAGUCUAAAUAUCUAUAUACAACGGCCUAUCCAGUACAAACCAGAUAUCGUUAUAAUGUUUUUACAGCACGGAUAUAAUGUUAUGUGAAUAAUUUACAUUUUAUAUUGUUAAUAUAUAUAUGCCUUCACGUAUCCAUAUUAAAAUUUAUAUGUAUAUAUAUGUAUAUACACACGUAUCAAUACGCUACGCGUACGUGUGCAUUUGUAUGGAUAUUAGUUACGUCAUACGUUUCUUUAAUUUCGCAACGCGUCAAAUAUACAUACUAUAUGAAUUAUAAUACGUCCCCUUGUUAGGUAUUAUAUUAUACAUAAUAUAUUUUCCCAUUCACGUCGAUACCUGUAACCACCGGCAGGAUCAAUAAAGUAGCUGUUUUCAAUUUUUCGUAUCACUGGACAAAAGUGCAUAUUAUCAUUUCUUACGUAAGCAAUUGAGUGGAUCACCAAAAUACGAGGCGAUAUUAUUUUCAUAUAUAUAUAUCGCGUAUGGCGAGUAACGAUUAAGGUCAACUUACAGACAACAAAAAAUAAAUAUAUAUCACGUAGAUUUUUCUUAGCUGGCUUCACUAACAAAUCCUGGUGUACAGUGUUCGAUUUCUCUUGUAACCAAUAUUACGAUGUACCAUACUUUUUUUUUUAAUCGACUAGAUUCACGGAUCGUACAGAGGGACGUUUAUUUUUUUUGUUUUUUAAUUAGCUUCUAUUGUUUUUUCAAUAAAUCAAUCGAGCGACCACGCGAUCGAAAUGUGCUGCUAGUUAAUUUUUUUGUCUUCAUUUUUUUUUUCAAUAUAUUUCGUAACUUGCAAAAACUUUUUACGCGCCCAGGAUAAUACGUUACGUAUACGUAGAUAAUUUUUCGUAUGUGUACAGAUGCAUGUCGUAUAAUUACCGGUAGGAUUUACCUAAUGCGACCCCCGAGGUACGGCCCUGUAAUUCACGUUAGAUAGGUAUAACGCGAAUGAAUUAUAUUGCUGCGAGAAGAAUAAAUUUUUCGAGACAUUUAAAUGAGACUGUCGAUAUAAAAAAAAAUGAUGUUCGAUAUAUAUUUUGCGAUCGAAAGAUUAAGAGCUUUUAAUAUACGUACGUUGAAUAAUGAAAUAAAUUUUGAUACAAUGACUAACAACGAUAUGGAUGCAUUGAAUGACUUGAAUUAUCAAUAUUUUCAAAAUCAAUUUUAUCCAUAUGAACUUUGUGCUCGUUAUGUAUAAUUUAACACGUUUCGAUCGGACGCCGAUUAAAGUUUGACAAGUCAAUGAAAAAAUAUAAAAUUAUAUAUCAGCACGAGCAAUGUACAUAAGACUAGGCGGUUCAAACGCACCAGCUGAACAUAACCUGACAAUUUGAUUUUUGUGAUAAAGCCAAUUUCACAUUGUGCGUUCCAGCAACCUAGAAUUGCAUAUGUACGUGUACGAGCAUAAAAUUACACACCCUCAUUCUUCUGUCUCCAAACACUUAGUUCACCUCUACUCUACUUUCUUUUCACAUAGUUUUUUUUUCAAUACGCACUAUAAAAUACACACGUGGCUAAUACGGCGGAGGGACAAUAUCGAUAAGAAAUUCCGAUCCCGAUGCUGUGGAUCGUUAUAAGAUCCGAUCGAAUCGCAUCUACGACACCUAACAUAAAAAUAGUCAUGUCCACGUACUUCUCGAUGGCGAGCUAGCCGGUAAUAGGAAGAUAAUUUAGACGAAAUGAAGAAAUGUACCUACUAUUUUUGUACCUAGUUCUAAUAAAAGUUUGUAUGCUUUUUUUUAUAUAAAAAAAAAAAAAAAAAAAAAA